AUGGGCCGAACACAAGCCUCAGUGUCCUUGCCCCAGGGGCGAAAGAUGUCGAACCCGUCUGAGUCUGCGUCGCCGUCAGCGGCCGUGUAUGAUCAGAAUAGCUUGGACAUGUUUGAAGAAGACCUGAUUAGUUUCUCUCGUCCCCUCUCAGCAACGCAACCUGCACCAUUUAUCCUGAGCAAUAACACAGACUUCAUGAAACCCUUAAUACCAAGCCCAGAGGCAGGAGAUGAUGUUGCCUGGGAUCUUGCGGAAGAGUGUAGUCUGCUGGAUUUCGACGACAUGAAACAGGUUCCGGCCAUGUUUCAGCCACAGUUAGAUGCCGCGAUCCAGUCGCGCAUGCCUACGGCCGCCUCCAAACCAGAUUCGUGGCCUCUCGCUGCCCCUAUCCAGAAUUCAACGUACCCUUCGCAAGGCAGAGCAGACGCUGCUCUCCCCUCUUCUGCCACGAACUUGACCCCAAUGAACGAGGAUACUAUGGGCGACGACGAUCCCGAAGUAUGCUGCGAUAAUGCCAAGGAUGAAAACGUGCCGUGUCAUUUCUGCUGGCCGUGCCAUGCCGUUUAUUGCGACGACUGCUGGUCUCGCCAAAUGGCGCACAAGAAAAGAGCUCAGACCGCAGCCGGCAUCCCCCAUGAGAAAACUGACCCUUCGGUGGCCAAGAAGAUUCGGACUGCUUUAGAAGCCAAUCUGACGGAUAAAGAGCAAGCGAUGCUUCAUGUUCAAGAUGAGGACACUUCUUGGUUUGGCGCAUGGAAGGAUGGAAAAGAUGAUAUGGUGUUCCAAGAUUAUGGUAGAUAUGCGAAUCUGAUGGCCGAGAGUUCUGCAAGAGAACGGAAAGUUCGCUAUCCAGCUCUUGUCUCCUUUGUCGGACAGACUGGCGCGGGGAAAAGCACGCUGAUACGGUUACUAGUUGAGCUGAACUCCUCAGCGAAAAAGCGCUUACAAGUGCCAGUUGUGGGUUCAAUAAAGCAGCAGGACACUCCAACUUCCGGCGACGUCCAUUUAUACAGUGAUCCAUUGACAUCGGAGGGCCGGAAUCCGGUGCUGUAUGCUGACUGCGAAGGACUUCAAGGAGGUGCGAGAGAACCGAUGGGGGCCAAAAGUAGGAACAAGGAUAGGAGAAAAGGGACUGGCGAGGAACACCGGCAGAGAUAUAUUUCACGAAAGCCAUCCGCAAGGUGGAGUCACUGCACUUCGGAACGAGAAAUCCUGUGGGCUACAAACGAGCGGACGCGGAGCAGAGAUUAUAUUGUCGGAAACCUCUAUCCACGACUACUUUACACCUUUUCGGACGUGGUUGUCUUUGUGAUGAAAAACCCUAGGGUGAUUGAAGUCGUCAUCGAGCAAUUGAUCCAAUGGGCGGCAGCAGCUUUAGAGACUUCGUCCAAUCAGCCUGUCCUUCCCCACGCCAUCAUCGUCUUGAAUGCUUCGGAAAACGCAAUAGACCCUGAACUCUGGGACGUUGACAAGUCCACUGCUGCGUUGAUGGAGUCUGUCCGACGAGCAGUGCAUCAGAAUCACACUUUGAGGAAAUUUGCCGAGUUUUGGAGACAAAGGGAAAGAUCCAUUGAAUCAAUAGAGUCACUUAUGCUGUCAUACUACUCGAAUGUGAGGGUUGUGCGUGUUCCUGAAAAAGGACGUCCCAAAUUAAUUUUCGACCAAUUGCAGCGCCUAUACAAAGAAAUUGCUAAAGCUUGUGAACAAUCCAGAGAAAGCAAGCACAAAGUCAGAAUGUUGCUCAAUUCUGAUGAUCUGCAGCCCUAUCUACAAUACGCCUUUGACCACUUCUGCAGAGGUAUAGACUUUCCAUUCGAUUUCGUGCAGGCUUCCUUUACCCACAACCCAAUUCCUUCAGAUUUUGGGGGUAACAUACUGAAGCUAGCUAUCAACAUUAUGGAGGUGUGGAAAGACAAGCUGGACGGACCGAGGAUCUUUAAAGAGCUUAGCUACAUAGUGGCCUCCUGUAUUAUGCUCGACUCUGCUCGGCAUCGUACACUUGGGCCAGCCGAGAAAGUCUUUCCAGAGUACAUUGAGCACUGCGACGAUGCACUAGAUGAUUUUUGCGAUCGUCACUGGCCCUGUGAACGCAUGAGCAGUGGUGGACGCUGUGUCAAUGUCAAGGCAGGCCACAAUACCAAGGGCCACCAGCUCAAAAGCGGCCAGGUACUUGCUGUUGGAGAUUAUGAGUCUUCAUUUACACCAGAGAAAUACCGACUGGUGUUCAGAGAUGACAUCUACGCAGCUCUGGCAAGGCUCCUCCAGCGCCUGCAGGAAUCCUUAUCCUCUAGCGAAUCGUCACAUUUAGAGCUUGAAGAAGCAGCCAAUAUUCAUCGCGACUCUGUGCUAAGAAACUUUUUCAAGCACCUCCAAGGACCGAAGGAGUUUAUCAGUAGCACAGCUUGUUUCUCGUGUCUGGUCAGCACACCGGAGCAUCCUCUUCCAUGUGGCCAUGUCCUUUGUACUCCCUGCGUGAAGGCAUUCGGAACUCCACGUGGUAGGACCUUUGUUGACAUGAAAUACUGCCCCCUUCACGAAAAUGAAGCAGAAUCGUAUUUUGGGUCCGUAUGCCCAAUUUCGAUAAAGCCUGCGGCUGCUGGCGUUCGGAUCUUGGCUCUGGACGGUGGCGGCGUGCGCGCUGUCGUCGAGCUGACGAUCCUACAGCAGAUAGAACGCGCAUUUGGUGUCGAGCUGCCGAUUCAGGCCUUUUUUGAUCUCAUAAUCGGCACGGGAACUGGCGGUUUAAUCGCUCUAGGUCUGGGGAGCCGAACUUGGUCCGUGAAAAACUGUAUCAAGAAUUUUCAGUAUCUGUGCGAAAGAGCAUUCACCAAAAGGAAGGGCAGUGGAUUGCCUGGGAUGGAAUUCCUCGUAUCAGCUUCUAACCAUAGUCGGUAUGGAACCAAGCCUCUCGAGACAGCGUUGCAAGCACAUUAUGGUAAUGAAAAUCUAUUUGGUGGUACAAGACUUUCGUCAGAUCCGCUUUCUGCUACCAGUCGGCCUACGAAAGUAGCAGUGACUACCACCACGACAAACGGCACGGUUGUUCUACUUUCCAACUAUAACCGCACAAAUGCGAAGGAAGAGACCUCAUAUCAAUUCUAUCGCUCAGAAAAGCCUCAUACGGAGAUAAAGACGUGGGAAGCAGCCAGAGCUACCUCUGCAUCUCCAAGAAUUUUUAGAGCUUUUAGUCACGAAGCUUCGAGUCAGAUCUUUCAAGAUGGCGGCAUCUUUUACAUCAACCCAAUCGAAAUAGCCAUGCAGGAGAAACAACUGAUCUGGCCUGACAUUGCUGACGCACACCCAGACAUAGUUCUUUCUAUCGGCACCAGCCACAAGUCACGGUCGUCACGGCAAAUAGCACCACCAGCUCGAAUUCCGCGCUACACGAAGGCUUCCCAGGCCAAAAGGCUUGCUAAGCUAUCUAUUGACCAAUUACAGAGCACAUCCAACUCGGAGGAGAUCUGGCGCAACUUUGUGCAGAACGCUCCCCUAGAAAGGCCCAAAGACCGAUACAUUCGGCUCAACCUACCUCUAGAAGCCGACCCACCAAAACUGGACGAGGUAUCGUCAAUGACAACGCUGCAAGAGGAAACGCAAUCAUAUUACACCAAGCGGCGAGAAGAGAUCAGGACCAUCGCUGAUAGGCUGAUUGCCACCAGCUUCUAUUUCGAGCUCAAACUCAAAUCAGCCGUCGAACAUGAAGACCAUUCUGCUGUUAGAUUGACAGGUAACAUCCUGUGUAGAUUUCCUCCUGGCUCGAAAGAAAUUCAAGCACUCGGAGAGGCAUUCCGUAAACGUUCAACUGAUGCUUAUAACCAGCAAUAUGCAGAUGAAGACCCUUGUUUCGUUAUCUCAGAGCGCUGGAAAUCAGAUGAGACAUUGAAGGUCGUCAUCGGAACACGUGUUGUUGAGAGAAUGAUGCGGGAUUCUCAUUUCCACAUGGAUCAAGUGACGUUCAUUGUUUCAAAAAGGAUAGCAGAGACGAAUAUAUCCCUAUCCUUUGGAGACUCACCCUCAGAACCAAUUAUGCAUCCCAUCAGUGGCUUUCCAAAAUGUCUACUAGAGGAAGAGAGGAAAGUCCUCUCAAAGACACGACACUCUUCUGGCCUCAGUCGCACACGAACACCGACAAGAGCACAUCAUCGAGGUACCUGGACCUUACCGGAUCACCACAAGUCCUUUGACCCGAUCAGCCGGUACCAGCAUCCCGACUAUGUAUUUCCCGGCGAUGCGGACUCGCGAGCUAUGUCCCAGAUGAAACAGAAGUUUGCGCCAGUUUCAGGCGCCUCGUCGUACGAGUCCUCCGUUCCUAACCAGACCUUGCAGACCACGGAGCCUGAGUCGUCUAACAGUACGAGGGAGGCUCCGGGAUUUGCGACAAACUGGCCAGAAAUGGAAGAACUUACCCAUCGGCCCCCGAGAGGACAACAAGCGGAUCUUGUAUACGAGCUCGAUAGUAGUGAAGUAUACGAGCUUGCCACCCCUUUCCCUUAUCAGACAUCGGAGCCAUCCCCUGCUCCACCAUACGAAUAA